CGGAAGUGAAAGAAGAAACACAGCAAUGGCAGCGACCUUGUCCAGAGCAUGAUGCUCAUGACAGUUUAGUCAGUUAACCGCCUAAAAUGCUCCUAUAUCGACAACACAGAGAGACAGUUUGGUGUUUAUAGUGUCCGUUUCAACGUUAGAACCAUGUUUUCCUUAAUAAGGGCUGCAGUCGGCGGACUGACCGGUGUCUGUAGAGCUCACGGUCACCAACAAGGUCUUUUACACAGCCACUUGAAAGUCCUAGCUGCCGGCCUGAAGACCCAAGACAUCCCUCCAGACUAUAGCAAUGUGGUGCUGCCGGAAAAAACCAAACUGAAGUUUUUGAACAAGGUGCCAAACCUUAAAAAGGCCAAGAAAGAGAUGAAGAAGUUGCGGGAUAUCCAAGGCCCAGCAAAGGCAGCAAAUGCCUUCACUACAGGACAGUAUGCUAUUGUGGCCAUGGGAGGGGGCUACAUUCAUUGGGGUCACAUUGAGAUGAUGCGUCUAACCAUCAACCGAAAGAUGGAUGUCAAUACUACAUUUGCCCGCUGGCGUUUCAAUGCCCCAUAUAAGCCCAUCACACGGAAAGGUCUGGGUCAGCGCAUGGGUGGGGGUAAGGGAGCCAUCGACCACUACGUGACACCUAUCCGCUGCGGCCGUUUCAUUGUGGAAGUGGGAGGAAAGGUGGAGCUGGGAGAAGUUGAAACUAUCUUGACUGAAGUGGCAAAGAAGCUACCCUUCCCUGCCAAGGUGGUGAGCAGAGAGAGCCUAGCAGCAAUGCAAAAGAAGCAGGCUGAUAUGGUGGAGAACAACCAGAAUCCCUGGACCUUCAAGGAGAUCGUACAUGGCAACAUGUUGGGAGUCAGGAAGGUGCUCAGCCCCUUCGACCUGCACAAUCAUGGACGCUUCACAGGCAAAUUUCACUUCCCGGGGAGGGUGUGAUGGACCUGAGGAACAGAAAUUAAUACGGUGUCAUACUGUAACACCAUCCAGACCACAUCUUGAAAGAAGCACCCAAAAUUUUCAAAUAGUCAUAUUUGGGAAUCUUCUAUGAUUUUUUUUUAACGCAAAUGUAUCUGUAUGUUAAAAGGAUGCUUUUUCCAUUUUCUGCUUAAAAAACAAACAAAUAAAGUAUGUAUUUCAGUUUCACAUGGUGGCUCAAGGCGUAAAAGUGAAGUGAAAACAUCUCCUUCACUAAAUUAGGAACCAAUAACAACACAAAAUAGCUGAUUGUUGAAGUAAAGCUUUUGUUUUUGGUUGUAAUAGGUACAAUGGAGAAAACCUGUUUGUAUUUUAAGUUGUAACAAAUGUUUAUAGUUUUGAUUUGGAAUUACAACAGCUGGUUUGUUAAUUACCUGGUAAAAUACAAAUAAAUGUAUUAAUUGGAAUGUAGAAAAGACCAAAAAUGAAUAAAAGCAAACAACGGAACAAAUUUGGUACAACAGUAAAUCUACUUACAGCAGGUCAAGAAACUGAGUUUGUGCUUCAGAAAGGACCCUACUGAAGCAAUUAUCGCUAGGGUGCAUCAGC